UUUACAUACGGGGAAGUGGGAACCUAUAAAACUGACAUAUUCGCGCCCAAAAGGGGUUCCUUCUUCGACCUCCUGCGUGAGGACCAAGGAACCCCGGUGCACCGGCCUUCAAUAAACCUCUUGCGUUUUGCAUCGGCUUCCGACUCUUGUUGUUUCCUGGGCGAGUCGAAACUCCUAGGGGACCGCGAAGGUCUAACAUUUGGGGGCUCGUCCGGGAUUCCACUCGCCCCGGACCACAAGAACAUCGGGAGUUGGAGGUACCAGCCCACAUGGGAUGAUUGUCAGCAGCUGCUCCAGACUCUCCUAACGACUGAGGAGAGGCAACGGGUUCUUUUAGAAGCCAGAAAAAAUGUAUUAGGCGCCAAUGGGCAACAUACCCAGCUGCCUAACGAGAUUGAUGCUGGUUUCCCACUCGUCAGGCCAAACUGGGAUUUCAAUGCCCCGGAAGGUAGGGAGCGCCUGAAAAUGUAUCGCCAGGCUCUGGUGGCGGGUCUCCAUGGAGCGGCCAGACGGCCCACUAAUUUGGCUAAGGUAAGGGAAGUAACUCAGGGGCCCCAGGAAUCGCCAACUGUGUUCCUGGAACGUUUAAUGGAAGCCUUUAGACGCUUUACCCCUUAUGAUCCAACUUCGGAGGGACAUAGGGCUACUAUAGCAAUGGCUUUCAUAGAUCAAGCGGCCCCUGAUAUUAAGAAGAAAUUACAGAGGCUAGAUGGCUUGCAGGGAUUUUCGCUUCAGGAGUUAGUAAAAGAGGCAGAUAAAGUAUAUAACAAAAGAGAAACAGAGGAAGAGAAGGAAGAAAGAAAGCAGAAAGAGCAGGAAGCCCGUGAAAUAAGACGGGAUAAGAGACAGGAGAGGAAUUUAAGUAAGAUACUGGCCACUGUGGUUGGAGGAAGAAAUAUAGGGGAUAGAAAUAGGCAGGAAGGGCGAACGGCAGACAGAAGGCGGCCAUUAGACAAGGACCAAUGUGCCUACUGUAAAGAAAAAGGACAUUGGGCGAGAGAAUGCCCUAAAAAUAAGAAUGGAAGAAGGCCAACCAAAAACAAAAUCUUAACAUUGGAAGAAGAAGACUAGGAAAGUCAGGGCUCGAACCCUCUCCCCGAGCCCCGGGUAACUCUUAAAGUGGAGGGGGAACCUGUUCAAUUUUUGGUAGAUACCAGAGCCCAGCACUCCGUCCUUCUCCACUCGAAAGGUCCUAUCUCAGCUAAAAGGUCAUGGGUACAAGGAGCCACUGGGAAUAAACAAUAUUCAUGGACCACACGAAGGACAGUAGAUCUUGGGAUUGGACGAGUAACCCAUUCAUUUUUGAUUAUUCCGGAAUGCCCCUAUCCUUUGCUGGGAAGAGAUUUACUCUCCAAAGUAGGGGCUCAAAUCCACUUUCAGCCAGAAGGUCCCACCAUAACUGAUAAUAAGGGAAGGUUACUUCAAAUAUUGACUAUGAAAUUAGAAGAUGAAUAUAAAUUAUAC